AUGGAAGUAGGAAACUCGAACUUGAAUUCAAAUGUUCUUGAAGAAUUGUUCCUUAGGCUUCCCCUGAAAUCUCUCGGCAGAUUCAAAAGCGUGUCGAAAGAAUGGAAGUCCAUACUGGAAUCAAAGUGGUUCGUGGAGAGACAUCUCAGUCUUGCAAAGUCUCGCCCUAAUAUCCUUCUGGCCUACCACUGCGACUGCGGCGUCUCCACGAGUAUCCUCAACGGGCUGCAGCACUUCCUAUGGAGCCUAGAGUUUGUCUAUUUGCACUGUGACGCGACACGACCGUCGAUGAGUUACGACGGUUUGGUUUGUUUUCCCAAAGCAGAGUUGGUCGACGUGGUGAACCCCUCCACGGGUCAACUCCGGCGAUUCCAUUGCCCCUCCCUCUUGAAUCCCUGUCCCAACUCCGCUAAGUUUCACGAAGAAUCAUGGACGACUUAUUUUCCGGGAUAUUGUGCGAUGGGAUUUGGUAGAGACAGCGUUAAGGGUUGCUAUAAAGUAGUUAGGAUCUUCCGUAAUCCUAACUAUUGCGAUAUCCUUGAUGUCAACACUGGUGAAUGGCGGAAGCUUUGGAAACCAAGUCGUUACAAGGUUGAUGUCGGAAGAAAAUCUACGUGUGUCGACGGAUCAAUCUACUGGUUACGAAUUCAUGUCAGCGGUUCUAUCUACACGAUACUAGCCUUGGAUCUUCACUUAGAAGAGUUUCGUGCGGUCCCUCGUCCACCUCUUCCCAAGGGCAUCGUGUUUGAAGCACAAAUUGUCAACAUUAACGAUCGUCUUGCCAUAGCCAUGCCCGUUUCCCAUCCUCUUCACCAAUACGAGCUAGAGAUAUGGAGUAUGGAUUCACAUAAAGAAACAUGGAGCAAGACUCACUCCAUUAGUUUAGCUUCUCUUGGUAUGGUGGAGUACUCCAGAGACAGACACGCUCCAUAG